ACACAAACAGUAGCGGUGCAAAUGCAAACAACUCUAACUCUCAUGAAUUUUUUUGAUAUUUUCUGUGUCUGACAAUUUUAAUAUGAAGCACUUAAUGCUUUACGUCAUUUGUACUUAAAACAUUUUUUAUUCUUGCAUUGUCAAAUGUUAAUUAUUUGAUAGGCUGCUUCCUAAUUAAAAUUUAUAUCGUUGUUCGUAAUGGCUGAAAACUUAGUUAAAAAACCUGUCAAGGGUAUCUUGAAAACAUCUACUAGCUUUGAUCAGGCAGAAGCUAAUAAAAACAAUGCUUUAGACAUUAAGUGGGAUGAAAUGAAUAUACUGCAGACGUUGCAUCCCCCAGAUAAAGAUUAUGGACAUAUGAAAAUUGAUGAACCUAAAACUCCAUACAGUUAUUAUGAAGAUGGAGGUGAUAAAGAAGUUUCAAAUCAUGGGACUGAUGCACUAGAUGCAGACCUCCUUGCCAAAAAAAUCAAUUUAUGUUCAGAAAAAAGUGAAAAACCAGUUGUUUUAGAUUCCCCUGAAGAGGAUAAUGAAGAUGAUGAAGACGAAACAGAAGAGGAAAAAGCUCAAAGAAAUGCUUUUGAAUAUAAGAGAAAAAUGCAUUAUAAUGAAUUUUAUGCUGUGAAACUAGCAAGGAAAUUGAUUGCUAAAGAUGGGGAUGAAGCAGAAGAAGAUAAUUGAGAAAAAGACUGUUAAAUAUUUUUGAAAGGAAAUCAUUAUUUUUGCUUUUGAAUUUUUUUUAAAGCUAUUAAUGAAUGGCGUGAUUUGAGAAUGAAGGUAUGUUUUUUUUGCUGGAUUUUAUUUUUUUAUUCCAUUGUGUAAAAGAUUUCUCCCUGAUUUCCUAAAAUUAUUGAUGAAUUAAAUUAGACCUUUUUUUGCAAUCAAAACUUUUAUAUGUGAGUAUUAAAAACUGAAGCUUUGAUAAUUAUUUUUCCUAUGUGUAUAGUUUUAAUUGAUGACAAUUUAUCGAAUUUGCUCAAUUCAAAUACUUAAACACACAAAUUAUUAAUAAACUCAUACUUAAACAGAAUGAAACUUGUUUCAUUCCACUGUACAAUUUUACAGUGUUAUGUAGUGUACAAGAGUGUUUGAUUUUAAAUUUUGAAUUUUACUGUAAAUGAAUCUAUUUUUUUCACUUCAAAUGCUGUAAAAAAUAAAUAGCACUGUUUGUAAGAUUUUAUUAAAACAAUUUAUGUGUAAACUUUUCAGUACUUGAAUGCCAUUAAAUUGAAAUAUUGCUUUAUAAAAGCAAUAAAGUUGUUAGUUUUGAUAAGUGAAGAAUUUUUUCUUAAAACUUUGUAUGAAAGAAUAGCUUGAUGUAAAUUUAUAAAUAAAGCAAUUUGUUACAGUAUGUUAUAUUUCUUAAGGCAGAGAUGUUAGGAAAUCUAAACAUUUGUGUGAACACCAGAAAAAGGGAAUUAUACUUGGGUAUGGUUUCAUAACCACAGAUUAUUCCUUUGAAAAUUGAACAUUUAUUUCAAAAGUAGCUUAAAAAAUAAGCAAUUAUGCUUGAAAUAUUUUCUCUCUGUUAUGAAAGGAAUAAUGUCAAAUUAUUGUGUUUGUGAUAUUUAAAGCUUGGAAGGUGCAUAAUAUAAUGGGAAUUUUUUUACAUAGUAAUAGUUUAUCUCUUACAUUAGAUCAUCAUAUUUUCAUUUCAAUGUAGAUAUUUCAUUUUUUUGAACACUACUGGGAAAUAAGACAUUUAUUGACAUGAUGAGUGUAGCAUUUGUUUUGUAAACACGGGUUUUUAAAAGAAGGUACCCAGUCUUCCCUCUGAAAAGGAUUUCCCAUUUUUUUUCCCCAGUUGGAAGUUGCAAAAGAGAAUUAAAAAGGAAUAAAAGCAAAAUUUAAUGAUAAUAAUGCAUUUGAAAACAAAAAUGUUGGAAAAACUAAUUAGAGAUAUUUAUGUUCAAUAACUUGCAAUAAAUCCAAAUUAAAAGUAAUUAUAGCAUUGACUUAAAUAAAAUUGUUGCCGAACACAAAUUAUGUUCAAAUUGAAAUGAAGUGACACUAACAUCUCUGCUUUUGUACAGUUUGUUUUAAUGAUGUGUGAUGUAUGUGAUACAAAUCUGGUUUUAUGCCAUUUUGCUUAUACAGGUACUGUACAAUUCGAGAAGUUAUAUUUAGAAUCUUUCUUAGAAAUUAUAGAUCUGUUACGUUUCUGUAGCCACGCUUCACUUCUGAUUAUAGUAUGACUCCAAUGAGUUGAACUAUGACUGUGACUGCGUACCUCUUUGUGGGGUGAUAAGGACGUGUUAUUGACAUGGAUUUGAGUUGAAAUACUUUUGCAAAACUACAAUGGAAGUGACUCGACUGAACUCGACUUCAAUCACCCUUCCCUAUUAUUCCAAAAAAGCAGUAAAAAUUGUCAAGGUCAUAGCUAAACUUAUGUGUGCCACACUAUUAAAAAAUAUUUAUGAACAUAUUAUUGUUAUGUUCUUCUGCUCUUUGCAAGUGCAGGCUUGUCCAAUUAAUACUAAUUAUAGCACUAAGGAAUUACAAAAUAUGUUUCUUAAUUAAUUUGUUUUAUAUUUGCCUAUAUCAUGCCUUAGAAUGUGUAUUAAGUAACAGAGUUUUUCUCCUUUUGUCUUUAAAUUGUUUGAAAUUCCUAGCUAUGAUUAUACUAACAAUUCAGUUUUCAUGUUAGUUUUGUGACAUAAAAAGUAUUUAAUGCUGUUUCUUUAAAGUGUAGCAAAUAACUUCUCAAAUAAAAAUUAGUAUAUUAGACACUUAGUGUUAAUUUUUAACUGUGUGAUAAAUUUUAGUUCUUGGGAAAAAUCCAGAUUAUAUGCAGGAUUGGUUACCAUCGCCUUUGUUUUGAAAAAUUCUUUCUCAUUUAUACUUUAUCAGUUAAAAUUAUUUUUAACUUCUGAAACUGAUAGCUAGUGCUGUAGUUGUGAAAGUUUUUCUUUUCUUUUUUUUUUCUGAGUAGGGGGGGGGGGUACUUUUAAAAGGGUAAAAGUCAUUGUUGACCGAUUUUUCUUAGGCCAAAAAUAAGUCAGUUAAGAUUACGUAGGCAACUUCUGUUUUCAAAGCAGACAUUUAUUUGAAACAUAAAGAUGGUUUUAAACUAAUUUAUGAUGCAAAUUUGCAUUUUUUGGAAAACAAGCCAAAUAUUUCAGGGAACAGUGUUUUAUAUAUUUCUUGGACCCUCCCCUCUCUUCCACUAUGGCCCUGCUACUAGGUAAAUAUUUUAAACCAAGGUAUGAGUUUCAGAGCAAUAAAAAUGACAAUCUAAGACAGAUUAAAAGAAAAUGGAUUUUUCAAUGUUUUUAAAUUUAUUUGUUUAUUUGGUAUUCAAAAUUGAUUAUCUCCAUGCAAGAAAGUUAUACCAAUACUAUUCAGUAUUAAAAAACUUUUGAAACUACAGUGAAACCUGUGUAUAACGAUACUGUCUGUAACGAUAACCUGUCUAUAACAAUAUAUAUAUAGAUUUUUUGGCCUCAGCAAAAUGUCAGCAUGAAUAAUCAAACUGUCUACGAAGAUAACCUGUCUAUUACGAUAUUUUUUUUAGGUCCCAACGGUAUCGUUGUAGACAGGUUUUACUGUACCAGUUAUAUAACAUUUAACAAAAUAUAUUUUAAAAGCUAUGUGUUGAAUUUUCAUGAGAAAAGGAGUUUGUAUGCGUAGAUGACUUGCACUUCAUGGAAGAAGGAUAUCAAUGAUACAUUCAUUGCAUCCUGAAUCAUGUUGUUUUGAACAAGCUAACUGUAGUAUCAGUUCAUAAGCCUGGGAUAUGAGACUUGUUUUCGCGUAUGUUGAUAUUUUUUAAUCAACUUCACUUUUGACGUGGUGUUUAUUUUGAAAUAAAAAUCAUCUAUUUAAUCUGAAAUUGCUGCUGGGAAGGAGAGCAGGAUUUUCUUUAAAAACUAGCUCAGAGCUGUUACCCCAUUGAUUCCAUGUUAUCUGUUAAUAUUAACCUUGUAGGACAAUCAUGUCUCAUUACUAUUUAUCAUUAAAGCAACAAGCAGCUGUUAUUGGGCAUUUUUGAAAGAAUAGGAUUGUUUUUGGUGCAUGGUUUUGAAAUUUUUAAAUAAUUUUUAUAUCGGUAUCAAUUGAUGAAUAUUUUUGCAGAAACAGUUCUUACUUUUAAGGGCCACAAUAUUUUUGAAAAAAAAAAAAAAAAAAAGAUGGCACUGGUAUGCCUCAAUUUUUAGUUCUUUUUGUUCCGAACUCACUUCAAAAUUAGAAAAAAUAAAUAAAAUAAAAAAUAAGUACCCUUUUUUAGUUAAAGCAUAACGCAAAUGUUAUAAAAUAAUUAUUAGUUUUAUUCUUUUUUUUUUAAACUUUGUUAAUCAGUAAAAAUUAAAUCUUUAUUUGUAUUUAUAGCAAGUAAGAUUUAUUUCAAACUGCUAAAUAUAUUUAAAAUAUUUAAUAUGUUAAUUUUUGUGAAAAGCCUUUUUUUUUUUUUUCUUUUAGGCUCAAGAAAAAAAACUAAAUUUUUCUUUUGAAUUGUAAAAGUUUUUCUAGUGCAUUAUAUGAAAUUCCAGGGGUGUUUGUGAUCUGAAAAUUUUGGGCUGACAACACCUUCUAAAACUAAAUUAUUAUUUAAAAAAAACUUUUAAAAGGUUUUUGUAUGCAUAUUUGAAGAGUUAUUAGGGGGGAGGGGGGUCCAACUUCCUCAUAGUUUUCGAAAUUUUCACUGUCUUCAGAGAUUUUUACUUCAGUCCACCAUCACCCCUGAAUAAUUAUAUGUUUUUGUUCUAUGCAUGUUUCUUGCAGAGAAGUAUUACAUUUUUGGAAAAAUUCCUUCUGUUUUCUUUUUUCCUAUUUUUAUGUUUAUUAAUAUAUUAUUAUUAUUAUUAUUAUUAUUUGCAUAUGUUCGUGAAAGUGAAUCAAAGACGUGCAAAGUAAAAAAUUAACAUGAAGUCAUAAAUAUACAGAAAACACAGCAGUAUGUGAUGAUAUUUGAAGUAAUGACCUUAAUCCUAUUUAGUUCAGAUUUAUUUUAGGACCAAUGUAAUUUAAUAACCAAGGCAUUUAGCAGACCAUGUCCUUGUUAAGCUCUUCAUUUUCAUUGGAUUAUUUCGGAGGGAUAAAAUGUAUUGCAGUUAUAUUCCAUCCAGAGAUUUAAUAUUUGUUCGGUUUGUAUGUUCAUCGCAAUACAAUAUAUUUCUAAUUUUAUGUUUUAGUAAUAAUUGAAUAAUCAUUGUUUUCUUUAAAAAACAACUUCAAAUGUGUAGCCGAAAGCAUCAUAGUGUGCAGUAGUUUGUACUAGGAGCAUGAGUAUAAAUUUUUUCUUUUGUUUGCUGCUUGUUUUCUUGAAAUAAACACGAGACAAAUUA